AUGAUUCGAAUAUUUCUAGUUGCCUGCACCCUGCCCCUGUGGGGAAGUACCUUUGUUGACGGCUCUAACCUGGAGCAGAUCUUCGGUCCGAGAUGCAAUCCCCUCGUUGAGUGCGACGAGUACUACUCCGUGGCUGGGUUCGCCAAAGUGACAUGGCUUGAGGCCAACAUCAUCUGCAACAGAGUGGGUUCUGUUCUGGCUACAGUCAGGAACUAUGACCAGCACCAGUUCAUGCUCAAUGAAGUCUUUUUGCAUGGUGAGGCCUUAAGCGACAAAAACUUUUGGCUGGGAGCCACAAACCUGGUGCAGAGCACCUACACAUGGACCUGGCUGAGCACUGGCCUGCCUAUGACUUAUGCGGAAUGGGCGGAGGGGGAACCCUUAUCGGAUGAAACUGAACAGUAUGCUUGCCUCAUCCUGAAAGGCGACAAAUUCUGGCACAGUGUGUCCUGCGAGGAGAAACACUUUUUCAUUUGCGAAAAUGUUUGCCUUCUAAAUGACACUUCGCUAGACAAAAGAGUGUUUAUAUGACAAAAUAAACUAAACAUAAAUAUAUAUACUU